UAUUAUUGAAAGAGUGAAUAUGUUUCAUUCUAGCUAGUGAAAUUUGUUAUAACGACAAAAAUUGUAUACACCAGAAUAACUUAUCGAAACGUUAACAUCCACGUUAAAUCGCGAACAUUUAUAGGUUUUACGGAAUGGGUGUUCGAGGUUUACAAACGUACAUAAGAAAUAGAAAAGAAAAGUUUCUUUGUGACUACAAUUUACAGGACACUAGGUUGAUAAUUGAUGGUUCAAAUUUGGUUUACUUUCUAUAUCAAUUCUUUGAAAUUCCUUUCAAGUUUGGAGGAGACUAUGAUCAUUUUGCAAGAGAGUGUCAAUAUUUUUUCUUAUCAUUGAAACGUUUACGUAUUGAACCGAUUGUUAUCUUUGACGGAGCCGAUGAUCCGACAAAUAUAAAGUUUAAAACUCAUUUGGAACGUUUAGAACAGCAGUCAAAAAAUGUUAAAAUGAUCUUGCAACAGAUCAGUGGAACCCUGGACAAUGGAGAUACAUUUAUACUACCUAUCUUGGCAGAACUUACUUUCCGAAACGUUCUUGUUAAGCUUGGGAUAGUUCACGCAUGUUGCCUGUUUGACGCCGACAGAGAAAUUGCUUUUCUGGCAAAUAAAUUUAGUUGUCCAGUUUUAAGCGCCGAUAGUGAUUUCUAUGUGUUUGAAUUGGAAGUUGGUUGUGUGCAUCCUGCAGAUUUACUGCCUUUACCUAUAUAUAAACGCCGUAUGGAUUAUUUGCCUACAAAGAUCUACAACUGUCGGGUUUUGAUGGAAGAGUUGAAUAUGGUAGAUGAUGAGGUUAUUCUACCAGUAUUCGCAACAAUGGUUGGGAAUGAUUAUUUCGAUUCUUCAAAAAUUAAGAUCAAAAGCCCCGAAAACACCAGCAGCUGUGACUUAUCAAAGAAUGACUAUAUAGGAAAAUAUAGAGCUGAAAGGCGUGGUUUCAAAUCAGAUCAUGUACAAUAUACAUUAGAUUGGUUAAAACAAGCUGGCUUUAGUAGUGGAACGGAAGCCUUUAAAAAAUUAACAGAACAGUUAGCAGGCGAAACACAUAAAAGUCUAUUCGUAAAGUCAGUCAAGUCAUAUUUCAAUAUCAAAUGUACGCCAGACCAGCAUGAUGCUGUUGACUUAUCAGAGGAAGUACGAGAAAUAGUCUUAAGUCGAUGUUCUAUCAAAGUUGAUUUGCCUAAAUGGUUUAUCUUGAGUCUCAUCAGAUGUGAAAUGAACAGCAAGUUUUUACUGAAUAUAGCAAUUAACAAGCGAUAUAUGUUCCAAUCCCAGAUUGAAAACCACAGGAAACUUCCUUCAUUUGCUUGCUCGAAAGGAAUCAGGCGUGUCAUAUACGAAAUUUUGGUAGGUCAGAGACAAAGAAACAAGAGAAAGAUAGAAGAAUAUCACAGAGCUAAAAACAAUGUCUCAAAUGUGAAACCAUUGACUAGUCUCCCGGAUCUCCCGAAGAUGCCGCACAUUGCCGAUAUUGGAACACUAGACACACCUUCAAGAAAAUCUUUUUUGUUCGCAGUAUUUGGUGACAUGGUAGAAAUCUUACCUAAAGAAAUUGAUGAAACUUCAUCAAUAAUUAUUCUCAUGCUAAGUCUAUGGCAGAGAAACUCGGAAGCGUCGGUAGACCAACUGAAGACAUUCGUCAUAAGUAUUUUCACAAUGCAAAUUUGCACCGUUGAUGAUCCAAAUGAAAUAGAGAUACUGAGCGUAAGAGAGGCAACUGAAAUUGGGACAUUUGUAAAAUUCAGGACCAAUAUGAAAAAGCAUUUUAUAGAACGCAUGGAUUUAAACGAGAAUGAUGUGGAUCUUCUACAUAAGAAUGCACAGUUUCAGGCCAUAUACAAAGAAAUGCAGUUCUUAAACCAACUUCUCUUAAAACCAGUUUGUCUUCCAGAUCCCGAAAGAUUUCUUCAGAGCACUCUGAUUUUCAACGUUUUUCAAUUUCUGACAAAGGACAGUGGUAAACCUGAAAGCGUUUUCUGUGGGAAAAAAUCACUUCUUUUCGAAUUGUUCGAAUCCUGGUUUGAAUUAAUUAGGCGGCUAAGUAAGCGUUGUGUAAGACAUAGAUGUCCUGUUGCUUCGACGAAAGUUUCGAGAAUAGUAAGCAAAAGCAACAAGUAUGAACAAAUUAAGCUAUCGAUAAAUAAUGCAGCGUAAUGUUAAAAAAAUCAUAGUGGAAAAAAACAAAGAUCAGGCUUGACAUGAUGUUGGUAUAGUGAGAUAAAACUGAAAUCUCCGUCUUUUCCGAAUGCUGAAAAAGUUAAUCCGUUUUGAGCUCAACUGCCAAUUUGGCGUGAGUUAGCAGUCUGUGAGAUAAGAAAAAAAGUGAAAUUGACCAUAACUAUUCAAUGGUUUGAAAUGUAGGUAAUCAGAUGAUAGAUAUUGAGAACUAGUUAUCAUUGAAUAGAGACGUGGAUUUGGCCGUGUUAUAAUUAUGUUUUUGCUUAAAUGUAGACUAAGCCGAUACGCUAAAAAUGGUUUAUUUCUAAAUUAUCUUUCAGACUUGUUUAAUAUAAGUUGUUUUGCAAAGACAAUGUAGGUGUGACAAAUACACCUUACAUCUCCCUCUUUACAUUCAGAUUUAGUACAAAAUCAAUUAAUAUGGCAGCGUGUAGAUAAUUAUGUAUUUUCACAUUUUGGGAUGAUAAUAAAAAAAAAUUCCUUUUUUAAAUCUCCGACGAAGUAAACAUUCUUUGGAAUUUCAAUUUCUAAUACUUUAAUACUUUCUUCCCAUUAAAAUGAAUUAAAUAUUAUUUUCUGUACAUAGAAACAUUGCAUAUUAUUUAUUAAAGAUGAUUUUGGUGUAAAGCUGUAUGCGAAGUAUGAUAUAUGUGUUUGUUAUCUUGC